AUGCAAAUGUUUGUUGAAUUGAACGUUUUGAUUGCUGCAGAUCGGAAACGUCCACCUUUAAAUAAUGAUUUUGUUUCAUUUUCUUAUGCCUAUUCGUUGCUAGAACGUCUUCGACUUUUGCUUUGUCCACUUAAACUUUAUUCACCCUUUGACGGUCGUCUUUCUGGAAAAUUUAGGACAAGAAGUUGGUGAUUUGAUGCAUGUUACUUCUUCAAUAUCAAAAGAUGUGAUGAAUGUGGAAUCUGCUAGACGUCUUUCUUUCUAUCGAUGGCCUCAUAAAGACUU